UUUUUUUGUUUAUAGUUCACUCAGGGGCCACGAUGAUCAUCUCAGAUUAAUGUCAAAAAUAUCCAUUUGUGUUGAAAGGUUCCCGUGCCGGUUCCGCUCAGGACAUUGACCAGUUGCCAUCCAUCCUCCGGCCUGAGGUUGAAAUGAAGGAAAACAUUGCCAGGGCUGUCUCUGACUUGUGCUCCAUUUUGUGACGAGAUGGGGCACCAUCUGGCGCUCCCUCGUUCCACCGUGUUUUCCCCGCCCUUGUCUAGUGCCGAGUCCAGCACUCGACGACCCCUGAUGAAGGCUUUGGUCCUGAUUUUGUGUCACUCUGGAGCGGCUGCGUUGAUUCUUUUGCACCGGAAGAUGUCGCCCUAAUCGAGGAAAGCGGGAGGAGCGUUCAGUGUGCUUGUGGGCUGGUUACGUUGGGCGACUUUCAUGGAAACGCUCGACGUUAUUAGGAAUGCUGUACGGUAGGUACUUUCUCCACGCUUGACAAGCCGGCCCACGUGACGCCACAAGUUUCUUCGGCUUCAUCUUUUUCAAAGAGUCUGUCAAUCAUGCAAUGUAGAGAGUCCUUAUUUCUGAAACACGUGAUUGACAUUCACGCAUGUACAUGGCAACAAUAACGAUAAAAUCCAUGUCUCCAUUUUCAAGCCGUUCAUGACGUUUGCGCCCGCAACUUGGUGAUGCUAGGUUUUCCUACAAGUCAGCAAGUCCGUGAAGGCAUCAGCGGAAAGCCACCGGAAAAUGUUCCACUGGCGCCAACGUUUUUGUCGCCAUUCAAGUUAAAGCUACGACGCGUCCACUUGUGCUAUCUUGCCGACGAGGCGGCCCCUUUUUUUGGACGGAAACUAAGAACCAAAAGCAGCAGACGAGUCGCCGCUUUUCAUCAAAGCCCUUCUCGACGGCAUCCAAUCGUGCGAAGGUAGCAAAAGUGAAUGUGCUGUUGUCGUGGCUCGUGUCGCGAAAGCGACCCUCGACUUGACCCCACAACAUUUUUUGCAUACCAGCUGCAUGUCAUUAUCACCCCAGCGAGCUCCGUGGACUUCCUGAUGAGUGAAGGCGAGGAUGAGGCUUCCUCCUUCCUGUCGCUGCCCAGCCCCGCCUUCUCUCAGCACCCCCUGCCGAGCGCCGAGCUGAGCCAAUCAAAUGCGCCCAUGCAGCAGGAGCAGCAGCAGCUCAUCCAGGCACUCCAGGAUAAAGUGCGCCACCUGCAGGCUCGCCUGGACGAAGAAGAUGCCGCGCGCCAGUGUCUGUUCCAGCAACAACACACACCGGCAGGGGGGCGGCCGAGGGAGGACCGCGUCGCAGGGUCUGGUGGUGUUGACAAAGAGCAGCUGAGCAGACGAUUGCACUCACAGGUGGAGGAACUGGAAAAGAAGCUAGUGGAGCAAACGCAGGAAGUGGAGAGACUUCGUUCAGGACUGGGGGCGACGGACUUGGAGAAGCAUCUGGAGCUUUUGGAGGCGGAGAACAAGAGUCUGAAACGACAGCUGGCCUCCGGCGGGGCCUCCAACGGGGCCUCCAACGGGGCCUACGAGGGCGCCUGCAGCUGCACUCAGGAGCUGGAGGCUCUGCGGAGGGAGCUGAUAGGCUGGGAGAAGCGCGGUCAGCAGACGGAGCGCCACCUGGCGGACGUGGAGGGGCAGCUGCUGGACAAAACCGCUCAGGCGGACGCGUUGCAGCGACGACUGGACCGGGCCGGGGCUCCAGUGGGACUUGCCGAGCGCGACCUUGCCAUCCACUUGCGUGACAAAUCGGCGCCGCUUCAGGCUGCGGAGGAGGCGGAGUCCGGCGACAGCGCGGCGUCUCUGCGUGUGCAAAACGCUUUGCUGCAGGAGCAAAUUUGUGUGCAGCGCCACCUGCUGCGAGAGCUCGAGGCGCAAGUGCAGCAGUCGCAGAGGGCCUGCGCUCAGCUCCGGACGCAGGUGGCGGUUUACGACGGCGAGAUGACUCGCGCUCACAAGCAGCUGGACGCCGAGCUGCUGCAGCUGAAGGAGGAGAAGGAGCGCGUCAUCCACGAGGCGUUCCUCAGGGCCGAGAGCCAAAUGAAGGCCGUGCACGACAACCUGGCAGGCGUGCGCAGCAAGCUUCUUGGUCUUCAUCCUGCCUUGAGGACGCUCACCAGCGACUACAACACGCUCAAGAAGCAAGUGCACCACUUCCCCAGAAUGCUGCAGAACGCCAUCGAUGACGCCAAACACGAGAUCUGUCAGGUGAUCAGCGAGGUGAGCCUGAGCAACCAGAAGCUCGUCGACCGCUACAAACGCGAGAUGAACCUGAGGAAGAAGAUCCACAACCAGCUGGUCCAGCUCAAAGGAAACAUCCGAGUGUUGUGCCGCGUUCGUCCCGUGGACGGCGCUCAGGAAGAGAGCGUGUUAACCUUUGACCCGGACGACGACUGCGUCCUCUACCUCAGCAACAAGGGCAAGGUCGUGACCUUUGCCCUGGACAAGGUCUUUCCCCCUCAGGCCACCCAGGAAGAGGUUUUCGCCGAGGUGGAGUCGCUGGUGACGUCCUGCGUCGACGGCUUCAACGUUUGCAUCUUCGCGUACGGCCAGACGGGAUCGGGGAAGACGUACACCAUGGAGGGCGUGCCGUCGGACCCGGGCCUAAACCAGCGAGCGCUGCACCUCCUUUUCUCGCAAGUGACAGACAAAAGUCCCGAGUGGGAGUUUCACAUCUGCGUCAGCAUGCUGGAGAUUUACAACGAGACGCUAAGGGACCUUCUCGGCGACAAGCAGGCGGACAAACUGGACAUCAAGAUGAAUCCCGACGGGAGCGGACAACUUUACGUGCCGGGCCUGACGCGCGUCGCCGUGCGCACCGUUGACGACGUCAACAAGGUUCUGGAGGCGGGCCGAGCGAGCCGGGCGACGGCGUGCACCAACCUCAACGAGCGGAGUUCUCGCUCUCACGCGCUGCUCGUCGUCAGCGUGACGGGACUCAACGGCACCACGGGAAGUCGCACGCAAGGCAAGCUGAACCUGGUGGACCUGGCCGGUUCCGAGCGGCUCCGUAAAUCGGGCGCCGAGGGCGGGCGUCUGCGCGAGGCUCAGCACAUCAACAAAUCUCUUUCGGCGCUGGGCGACGUGAUCAACGCGCUUCGGUGCAAACACGCUCACGUUCCCUUCAGGAACUCUCGCUUGACCUUCCUGCUGCAGGACAGCCUGCAAGGGGACAGCAAGACGCUGAUGAUGGUUCAGGUGUCGCCCGUGCUGAGGAACGUGACCGAGUCGUUGUGCUCGCUGAAGUUUGCUCAGCGCGUUCGCAGCGUUGAGCUCAAUUCGUCAAGCUCCGCCUCCAGGAGGACGGACGACCGCUCCGCUUCGUCCUCGCCGACGCAAGAAAGCCUCGAGACGGACUCGCCCCCCUUGACCCCGGGGCCCCUCCCCUUAUCUCGGAGCAGCAGCGCGGGCUCCUCUCUGAACUCCGCCUCGAGAACUCCCAACAGCUCUCGACGGAAAUCCAACUCUCAACUUUCCACAGGGCGACUGAAGAUGGCGGCGUGAGCGGCGCCGUGGCGGAGGACGGUGACGGUCGCCACGGUGACCAAUCGACAACAGUGUUUGAGUUCUUGCACUUUAUACACCGUUUGUAUUAUUUAAUCGGUUGUGUUUGAAUUGAUAUUGGACUGAGGUUUUCAUCCAAUGACGAUGCUCCUCUGGCACCGGCUGGCCAAUCCAACGCCCGACUGUAUUUGGGCUUCUUCCAGUGUGUCUUUGA